GCUCUGUUUCUGCUUCAGCUACCAAUGGGUAUUAUUUACCUUAUGCUAUUUUGAGGAAUUAAGGUUCAAAAUGAUACAUCAUAUAUGAUAAACACAGACCCUUUUAAAUGGGGUUGCCUGUAGCCUCUGGUUUUCCUACUAUGUUUGUAAGGAUCUGCUUAGUAUCUACUGCUGAAUUAAGAACUUAGACAUCUUAGCAGUACUUAACCCAGAGUUUAGGACCACUCUACAACUUAGUUGCACUAAAUAUCUUGAAGUUGCAUUAUGAUCUAAUUAAUGGAUAGCAACGAAAAACUUACCACCUACCCUGAUGUUCAAUGGCGAAAAGAAAGUCAGAGGAGCUGAUGCAUAUAGUUUACUUACCAGAUAUGCUUCUCUGUUUUGCUUAUGAUAUAUUUGCAUGUUGUAAGAAUUUACAUUUUUGUUGACAGAAGAAGAGAGAAGGCUUCGAGAAUUAUGAACAUGGAUGUGAAGAAGUCCACUCUUGAUGGCGGUGAGAAUUCCUUAUCUUCAGAAGUGCAUCAGGCUAAGAUUAAGGAGGUCAGAAAGCUGAUUGGUACGCAGUCUGGAAAACUAGACUUGUUUUGUUCGGAUGAGACUAUAUUGAGAUACUUGAGAGCUCGGAAUUGGAAUGUCAAGAAAGCUAGUAAAAUGCUUAAAGCAACUGUCAAGUGGAGGCUUGAGUUCAAGCCAGAAGAGAUUGUUUGGGAUGACGUCGCAAAGGAAGCAGAAACUGGAAAAAUUUACAGAUCAAAGUAUAAAGACAAGUAUGGGAGGCCUGUUCUUGUCAUGAGACCCCGGUGCCAGAACUCGAAGUCCACAAGGGGCCAAAUUAAGCAUUUGGUUUACUGCAUGGAGAAUGCAAUAGCCGAUCUUCCCGAGGGUGAAGAGCAGAUGGUUUGGUUGGUCGAUUUCCGUGGAUUUUCUAUGUCAAAUAUAUCAGCGAAGGCGACACGAGAGACAGCUAACAUCCUGCAGGAUCAUUACCCGGAAAGACUCUGCCUUGCAAUUCUGUAUGAUCCUCCCAAGAUAUUUGAACCAUUCUGGAAGAUAGUGAAGCCCUUUCUCGAUCCAAAGACAGCCAAUAAAGUCAGAUUCGUCUACUCCGGCGACUCCAGCACAAGCAAGUUCAUGGAAGACAUGUUCAACAUGGAAAUGGUUGAAUCCGCCUUUGGUGGAAAGGACAGCUCCGAGUUUGACAUCAACAAGUACGCCAAGGAAAUGAGGGAAGACGACAAUCGCAACACUGCUCAUUCCAUGAUGGAUACCAAGUCCCAAAGAUCAUCACAGCCCGCAGAAAUGAUGACAGAAGACAACAAACAAAACAUGGCUCAUUCAAAGAUGGAUACAGAAACAGAAAGAUCGUCACAGCCCCCAGCAGUAUCCGCUGCCAAUUCAGAUUCCAAGCUUCCUAACUCAAAUUUAAAUUCCAAUUCGACAAAUGAGAAGAUAGACAAGGCGGAAAUUACAGCUACAGCUACGGCUCAUCAUGAGGUUGAUGACGAGGACUACAAAUCGGUUGCGGAUUUUUUCCAAGCGAACGAUCAUGAUGUUGAUGUUAAUGUUGAGGUUGCGGGUAAGUUGAAAUAAGCAAGUCUUUCCCUUGCAUUUCCUUGGUAGCAAGAAUGUGGUUUUUCAUUCAUAUACUUUGUAAGCAUACACAUACAUACACUAGUCCGACUUGCUAUGCUGCCUAUCGUCACUCAGUCAGUCUAUCCCAAAAUUUCUUUGGACUGAUGCUCACAUCUUUUGUUAUUUUUAUAAGAUAUUUAUUUGCA